AUGGAUCAUGAUCUCACCUAUCUCCAGAAAAAGAAGUUGAUUCAUGAAGCGAAAUUUUAUUAUUGGGAUGAUCCAAAUUUAUACAAAAGAGGGGCAGACCAGAUCAUUAGGAGAUGUGUGCUAGAGGAUGAGAUGAAACGUAUCCUUUCAUGGGUUCAUGCAUCGGCUUAUGGAGGACACUUUGGCCCACUAAAACAGCAGCAAAUUUUCUACAGAUCAUGUGAUAAAUGUCAAAGAACAAGUAACAUAUCAGCGAGUCACAAGAUGCUACUUAACAACAUUUUGGAGGUGGAAAUAUUUGAUGUCUGGGGGAUUGAUUUUAUGGGUCCCUUUCCAUCAUCUUACAACAAUCAGUAUAUCCUACUGGCAGUGGAUUAUGUCUCUAAAUGGGUAGAAGCUAAAGCAUUGCUUACAAAUGACGCGAGAGUAGUGGUGGACUUCAUAAAGAAACACAUCUUUAACCGCUAUGGAUCACCUAGGGCCAUAAUAAGUGAUGGUGGAUCUCAUUUCCGCAAUCGGUUAUUCCAGGCAGUGCUACAUAAGUACGGGGUACAACAUCGAAUUGCCACUCCUUACCACCCUCAGACAAGUGGACAGGUAGAAACCUCGAAUAGACAGUUGAAAAGAAUUCUGGAGCUCACUGUGAAUGCAUCUCGCAAGGAUUGGUCAAAGAAAUUAGACGAUGCUUUAUGGGCAUAUCGCACUGCGUACAAGACACCUAUUGGGAUGUCCCUAUAUCGACUAGUCUUUGAAAAAGCAUGUCACCUACCAGUGGAGUUUGAACAUAGAGCAUACUGGGCAUUGAAGCAGUUAAACAUGGACCUCGAAAAGGCUAGAGAAACAAGAAUACUGCAGCUACAUGAAUUAGAAGAAUUCAGAAGAUAA